UAUGCUUUUCCAAAAACUCUUCAGCUGGUGAGUUCACACUGGAGGUUUCCCGUCUUUUCCUCGCAGCUCACUCAGAGGUUAUCGGCAAGUAAACGAGUGUUACUUUGCUUGAACUCUCUCACGUCAUUCACAUAAGGACAGGAUAGAAGGUUAUCGCCUGUUAUUUCCUUGUUCUCCACCGGCUGUUGCUGUGCCUGUCUGAUCCUUUGGCCUGUUGUGCUGACCAACUCACACAUCCUGUGUGCCACUUCAUUGAGCAUACAUCAACAACACAAACUUAUGAUGGAUAUGUUUGAAGAUUACUGUAUAAUAACUCAGGAGGACCUGGAAGAUCUUAAAGAAUCCAUAUCUACUCAGGAUCUCCCAUCAGCGAUAAACACAAUCAAAGAAUACCUCAAACAGCAAGAUCUUGUAGAACUUAACAUUGGUGUGACGGGAGAGUCAGGUUCUGGAAAGUCCACGUUUGUCAAUGCAUUCAGGGGUUUAGGGGAUGAAGAUGAAGGCUCUGCUAAAACUGGCCCAGUAGAAACCACUAUGGAGUCUGAAGUUUACCUUCACCCUAAAUACAAAAAUGUGAAAGUGUGGGAUCUUCCUGGAAUUGGAACACCAAACUUCAAAGCCGAUGAGUAUCUUGAACUGGUUCAGUUUGAACGCUAUGAUUUUUUCAUCAUCAUUGCUUCGGAUCGGUUCAGAGAAUGCCACACUCAGCUGGCCAAAGAGAUCAAGAAUAUGGGGAAAAAGUUUUAUUUUGUUCGUUCUAAGAUUGACUCAACCAUUACUGCUGAGAAGAGGAAGAAGAACUUUGACCUGAGAAAGACACUGGAUACCAUCCGAGAGGAUUGUGAAAAUGGUCUGAAAAAGAUCGGUAUAGAGGAUCCUGUCGUGUUCCUGAUCUCUGGUUGGGAGCUCUGCAAGUAUGAUUUAAAUCAGCUUCAGGAGAGGAUGGAGAAAGAGCUUCCACAGCAUAAGAGACGUGUGCUGAUGUUGGCUUUGCCGAAUAUUACACAUGAGAUUAAUGAGAAAAAGAAGAAAGUGUUUGAGGACAACAUUGCAAAAGUAGCUUUCCUGUCUGCUUGUGUGGCUACAGUUCCUCUUCCCGGUCUUUCAUUUGCUGUGGAUUUAGCCAUUGUUAAACAACAGACAGAAAUGUACUACAGUGCGUUUGGUCUGGAUGAUGCAUCCCUACAGAUGCUCUGUGAGAGAUCUGGUAAGAGCAUAGAAGAGCUGAAGAGUCUGAUGAAGUCUCCUCUGCGUUUUGGGAUAAACCCAGCUUCAAUAUUAGCCUUACUGGGUGCUGCAUCCCUGGCUGUGGCUGAAGACGUAGUUGAGUAUGUUUUAAGCGUCAUACCUAUUAUUGGCUCUGUGGUGGCAGGAGGAAUGUCCUAUAUGACAGUCUCAAUAAUGCUGAAGAGAGCUCUGAAUGACAUAGCAGAAGAUGCCAGAAAUCUUCUAAUGGCAUCACUGGAGACUGAAGUGUAAAUGUUAAAUAUGACAGGCAAAAUGGUCUAUUCAACAGAAUGUAUGCUAUUAGGAUGUUUACAAAUAAAAAAAAGAAAUCAAAUGAAA